GUGUCUCUAUGGUCUGUGUCCCUGGUCUGUGUCCCUGGUCUGUGUCUGUGGAAGAGGAGCCUGCACUCUUCUCUCUGUCGGUUUUACUUGGACAGACAUGAGUCGGAGCUCACCGAGGAGGUUCAGGUGUCCUCUGGAGCAGCUUCUCAACGCGUAGACGGAGCGGGAUCUGUGCGUCUCUGGAGGAUUACAAUCUGAACAUGUCCGCGGCCAUGGACGUGAGGAGAAACCCGGAGGUGAGUUGGCGGUUUGCAGACAAACAUGACUGCCAACAAGAGUUUGAAGGCUGCACCUCGUGCAGGAGGGGGUAAAACUCCCCGGGAACCCCCCGAAAGGUGCCGGGCUACAUCCCCGUGUCCUGUUCUCUCGGCCAGCCAGGGGCAGAGCCAGCAGCCAAUCGUCAGCGACAGUGAGAAGCAGAGUAGGUACGUCCGCACUGACGGCAGGUUCCUGGCACGUGCUGGCUGGAACAGCAAGACAGCAAGCCUGUGCAGUGGUACAUCUCUCACAGGUGAUAGUGACACCCAAGGUCGUCUCGUCAAGUCAAAGAGUAUCAGCUGCCUGGACAACAGGCUCUCCAUCUACAAGCCCACAGGUCAAACCAAGUCCUGUGAGGAAAGUCAGGGCAUCCAGGAGGAGAAGAACACACAAGGGGAUCUCUCUGCGGGAGGUGGACUUAAUGGUAGACCACUGAGCUGGAGCACACUCUCACUGGGACCUUCCUCAAACCAAAGCCACAAGCGUACCCUCUCUCUCACCCGUUCCGUAGCAGGUGUUCCCCCCACCACAAUCCGCAAAAAGAUCUCAGAAUGGGAGUGCAGAAGGGUGGCUCUGCCUAGGAUGAGCUUGUGUCUGGAUAAAAGAGGCGGAGAGCGUGUAGGGGGCAGUGAGGGCUGCCCGAGCCUGCUCUCGUCUCCCUGUAGUGAGAAGACUUUUGACUUUAAGGGGGUUCGCAGGAUGAGCACAGCAUUUUCUGAAUGCUCCUACACAGAGACAGAGGCGGAGGGAGGAGUUUCAGACAAAGACACCCUAGGUCGCUUCCAGAAAAGGAUAGGCAAGACAGAGUCGUCAGGAGCAUUUGCACGUUCCCUGUCUGCUCGGAAGGAGAAGUCAGCCGUCCUCAACAGGAUACAAAAGAUAGAGCAAGCCCUGAAGGAGAACCCCAGCUCCCCUCCACGUUACCUGAGCAACUGCUAUGCUCCAGACAAGACACGACAAAAGUCUUUUGUGAUUGGUGACGACUUGGACAGUACAUGCACAAGUAAACGCAGCAGCAUUUGCUCAGUGACCACUGAGCCAGAUGCUGUUUUGGUGCCGGAUAAGCUCUCGAAACUCAGAAAAAGGUUAAGUGUGAGCUCAGCUAGGUCCGAGAGCCCAGAACCACCCAGUCAACAGACCUCUGUUGGCACACCAGUCAACCCCUUACCUAAACCCAAACGCACUUUUGAGUACGAUGCCAAACGGGAGGAGAAGAGCGUGUCGCCAGUCAAUGGACUACCUCCAAACAGGGCCUCUGAGUCUCCACCUCCUUUACCCUCCACCCCUGCACCCACCAUGACGCGAAAGACCCAAGGGAGCCCUUCCACCAAAAUCCAGGACAGAGAGUCGUGUGAGUCAGAGGAUGCUGUGAGUCUACCGUCUUCAUAUCCAUCCUCACCUACAGAGAAUGGCACACUGACCGCAGACUCACCGAAACAACCCAAUUCCAAAAGCACUUUAGAGGAGAAUGCCUAUGAAGACAUAGUAGAAAAGGAGAACCCAUAUGAGGAUGUUGACCUGAAGCGGAAGGGUCGGAAGUCUUGCCUGUUAGAGAGCAACAGAUCUUGGACCACCCUAGACAGGAAGCUGAACUCUCCGCCUCAGUUGCCUUCCAAACCCAGUAGCCAGUCCCUUCGCCUACCUGGUCAGAGUGACAGGAAAAGCCACCGGAUGUCACAGUUUUCCAAACGCUACAGCCACAAUGAAAUGCUGCUUCAACCCCAGAUUAGUGUAACAUCUUCAAAAUGCGGCCUCUUGGAUGACAGUUUUUGUAGCACCGGCGACACACUUGCCUCGCAGAGGCACUGGAGGAUCCCCAAGCUGGUCCAGAGGAUCAACUCCAUUUACUGCACUAAACGUGGGAAGAAGAGACUAAAGAAGCUGUCCAUGUCCAAUGUGGAAACUGCAUCUCUGAGAGAUGACAACAGUGAGAGUGAGAGUGACUCCGAUGACAGGUUCAAAGCUCACACCCAAAGGCUAUUGAAACUGCAGUCUAUCCUUCGACGGGCCCCUAGCUACCGCACACUGGAGCUGCAGCUCAUUGAGUGGCAGGAGAGAGAGCUCUUCGAGUAUUUUGUGGUUGUUUCACUAAAAAAGAAACCCAGCAAAAACUCGUACUCCCCAGAGGUCACCUACCAGUUCCCCAAGCUAGAGAGGCCCACCAAGCAGAUGAGGGAGGCAGAACAGAGGCUCAAAGCUAUUCCCCAGUUCUGUUUCCCAGAUGCAAAAGACUGGAGUCCUGUCUCGGAGUACACCAGCGAGACCUUCUCCUUCAUGUUGACUGGAGAGGACGGCAGCAGGAGGUUCGGGUACUGCAGACGCCUGCUGCCGACAGGGAAGGGGCCGCGUCUUCCAGAGGUGUACUGUGUCAUCAGCAGGCUGGGCUGUUUCGACUUGUUCUCCACAAUCCUGGAUGAGGUAGAGAGGCGGAGAGGUGUCUCAGCAGCUCUGGUCUAUCCCUUCAUGAGGAGUCUGAUGGAGUCGCCCUUCCCUGCACCAGGAAAAAUUAUCAAAGUGAAGACCUUUCUGCCUGGAGCAGGAAAUGAGGUCAUCGAGCUGAGGCGGCCCACCGACUCCAGACUGGAGCAUGUGGACUUUGACAGUCUGUUCAGAUGCCUCAGCGUGCGGCAGGUGAUACGAGUCUUUGCCUCGCUGCUGCUGGAACGUAGAGUCAUCUUUGUGGCCGACAAACUCAGCACCCUGUCCAGCUGCAUGCACGCAGUGGUGGCGUUGCUUUACCCCUUCUCCUGGCAACACACCUUCAUCCCUGUGCUGCCAGGCUCCAUGUUGGAUAUUGUCUGCUGUCCCACUCCCUUCCUGGUGGGGCUGCUGUCCAGCUCGCUGCCUAAACUCAAAGAGUUGCCUGUAGAAGAGGCUUUGAUGGUGGACCUUGGAACUGACCGAUUCAUCCGACAGAUGGACGACGAGGCCUCACUGUUGCCGCGCAAACUUCAAGCGGCUCUUGAGCAAGCGCUGGAGCAGAGGAAUGACAUCAUCAGUCAGGACUCUGACAGCGAGUCAGACGAAGAGUAUAACUCCUUGAACAGCCUGGUGUCAGAGGCCUUCAUCCGCUUCUUUCUGGAGACCAUUGGCCAUUACUCACUGUUCAUCACUCAAAAUGAGCGUGGAGAGCGUGUUUUUCAAAGGGAGGCCUUCCGCAAGUCUGUGGCGUCCAAAAGCAUCCGUCGCUUCCUCGGCGUCUUCAUGGAGUCUCAGAUGUUUGCAGGGUUCAUUCAGGAUCGAGAGCUGAGGAAGACACGUGCUAAAGGGCUGUUUGAGCAGAGGGUGGAUCAGUAUCUGGAGGAGCUGCCAGACACAGAGCAGAGUGGAGUCAACAAGUUCCUGAAAGGCCUUGGAAAUAAAAUGAAGUUUCUCCACAAAAAGAACUGAGGACUCUUCCUCCAAACUGAAGACCUGAUGUCUCGAGUCUCUGCAUCAUGAUCAUUCUCCCAUUUUGUAAACGUGUACAUAUUAUUAUUUCACUGUAAACUGGCUGUGAUCCCCUUCAGUGUAUGUUUAUAGUGAAGGCAGGGCGGUACACAACGAGUGAGCUGUAGAUUAACCACUGUGCUUAUGAAGAGUGUUGUCAGAAUGUGUGAGUGUGUGUAACUUGAUAUGGGCAAAGAUGUACAGUUUGUAUAUGUAUUCUUUUACAUUCAUUCACAACAGUGUUGUCCUCUGUUUCAGGAGAGUAAAACUUAUUCCAAAACUGUACAUGCACCAAGACAAUGAAGAAAAUGAUUGUAACUCUUCAUAGAGUCUUUUGCAAUAUUUUAUUAAAAAUGGUAGUUAAAAUACAUCAAAUGCCUGACUGCACAGUGUUGAGCUCACUAACAUAUACACAGUAAAUAUUGUUUUUUCCAAGACCUGUUUCGACUCAUCUGCCGUCAUGAAUUAC